GCUGAACCAAGAUGGAGGAGCGCAGCGGCCGCGGGAGAACAAUGUUUAGACGCUGAAGGCAGAAACAGACGACCGUGCUGCGAGGUAGAACAAAGCAAGCACGGCCCCGAGCGAGCGGUGGUCAUGACCUGGUAAGCUGAAGGGAAGAAAAGCCUCCUGCGGGAGUUUAUUUCCCGGCAGAAGGAGCGAAGAAGCGGUCCGAGGGGGUCAGACAACAAAGCGCGAGCGGCUGCGCUAAGGAUGAGAGCGCUGGCCCUCUUUUGAAGACCACAUCGUUUCAGCAUCCCUUCGCUCUGCCCAAGCGCCUCGACCAUGAGCCUUAUUCAGGACAAGCUGGGAAGCGAGUUCCUGCGGCCGGGUGGGGGCAUGGAGGCCAGCUUCAGUCCAGGCAUGCUGAUGUUCAGCCACCUGCCGCCUGUCACCAGCUUCACCCGCUUGACCGGACAGAGCGUCAUGGCCGAGCUGCAGCCACACGAGCUGGUCUUGAAAAAGGAGCGCCAUUCGCCCGACUGCGACGUUUCUGGAGGAGGUGGAGGACUGCUGUCUGGCCUGGGGAUAAUGCCAGUGACUGGUGACUACAUGCCCACUAUGGGCAUUAAGCAGGAGAAGGUGUCGGAGCUGGACUACAGACAGCCUAUGUAUCCAAGCGAUGAUGGGCGGGGUGGCACUGAGAUGCUAGAGAUGACCCUCAGCAACCAUCAGAACUUGCUAGCACACGACCUCAGCAUGGGGAACCUGUCGGGGAGGCUGGGAAAGGACUCCUCGGGGAGGAAAGGUCGAAGGUCAAAUGGUGACGGACAGGAGGGCAAGACGCGGCGGAAACGAGGCGAAUCAAAGCACAUGUUGCUGGAUCCUGAUGGAGGGACGGUGUCUCCCAGCUCCAAACCGCACAUCUGUGAGCACUGCAGCGCAGCCUUUCGCAGCUCCUACCAUCUCCGCAGACAUGUCCUCAUACACACAGGUGAAAGGCCUUUCCGGUGUAAUCAGUGUAAUAUGAGCUUCAUUCAGAAAUACCUCCUGCAGAGACACGAGAAAAUACACAGCGGAGAGAAGCCUUUUAGCUGUGACCAGUGCAACAUGCGCUUCAUUCAGAAAUACCACAUGGAGAGACACAAACGGACACACAGUGGAGAAAAGCCAUACAAGUGUGACACCUGCCAACAGUAUUUUUCCAGGACAGACCGGUUGUUGAAGCACAAGCGGGCAUGCGGAGAAGGCAUAAAGAAGGAUUUGGAUGGGGUUGAGAUGGAGCUGGGCAGCGAGGCCCAUGGUAGGCAUGGCAGCUACACAAUCACUCAGGGAAAAGUGACCACACCAGGCCGCAAACGGGGCAAGUCCAAAAAUGGUGGUGAGGGUGGCAAACGGAAGAGGACGUCAGGGCCCUCGCAUGGUCAGGGGACAGAGGAGUACGGCCUGCACGAUUUUAACACUGUGGACAACCAUGGACUCUCGCUAUCAUCAACAUCAGCAUCCCAUCCAGGCUCCAGCAUACACAGAGAAACGGUGCCAGCACCCAAAAUGGCUUUUAAAAAGGGCCACAGGAAAGCCUCGGAGAAAAACGUCCAAUCCAAGCCUGACUCCAUGGAGCUGACUGGUGGUGCUAGCAUGGAUGACAUGGACCUCCUCCAGAGCCACAAAGCAGGCCAGGGUAUCAGCAACAACAUUGGCAACUAUGACGAUGCCAUGCAGUUUCUGAAGAAGCGGCGAUACCUACAUUCGCCCAGUAAUGGCGGGGUAGUGGGUGGAGCAUCCGGUUAUGACGUUGGGGUCAACCACUUGCAGCCCCAGCCAGUAGUUGUUCAGGGCAUUGUUUCUGGAAUAAUGGAUGGAGACACCACGCUGGGACUCCUUGACUCAUCACCUCUGGUCGACAUCAAACCUGACAAGUCCGUGAUCCCGGAUGAAGUGCUCCAAAGCCUCCUGGAACACUAUGGCCACAAGCCUGAUGUGACCUUUGACUUAUCUGACCCACAUCCUGUGGAACUGGAGCAUGGCACAGCCGAGGGUGUUGACCCAUUGGGUGUUGCGAGCAGCCCAGGAGGUGGGGAUAAGACGUCCUUAAUGCACGAGUACUCUCGUUUCCUCCUGCAGGCUCUCGAGAGGACGAGUCACAGCGGAGGCUUUGUUCUUGGGCCGACAUCCUCCUCAUCCCCCUCCUCUUCCUCAUCCAGCGCCGUAGCUUCUUACUCCACAUACACCAACUCGCCUCUGGAGUUUUCCUUUGGCCUCCCAGUGUCCUCGUCCUCCUCCUCUUCAUCUCCGACACUCAAUUCCUCUGUGCCAAAGACACACUUUGGCUUGUUGGGGAGCUCGUCGCCGUCACAGGGCUUCCAUCUGAGCAGUCUGGAGCCCUCGGCACACUCCCAGCAUUCCCAGCAGCCUCAGCCACAACAGCAGCAGCAGCAGCAGCAGCUUACCCCAUCCCAGGAGCUGACUGAACAUCUGGAGAAACAACACACCAACUCUCCUCCUGCUCCUCCACACACCCCUAACUCAAGCGCCUACCAGCUCCCGCAUCCAACCACUGACCUCAGCAACCAGAAAGAUGGCCAGGGCCCCAAAAAUGGCACCACCGGCUUCUUGAUGGUUCCGGCCAAAGGCUCGUAUCAGAUCGAGAACUUUGCUCAGGCGUUUGGGAGGCAGUUUAAAGGAGGGCACAGGCCUUUGGUGUACGGUACAGACUCGGGCACAGACGUGGAGCAAUUCUCAGGGUACAGCAGCCUUCUGGCCAGCGUGAGCGACACCAAAAGCCCACAAAGCCAAAGCUACAACUGAUCUGGCUGCACAGCUUCUGCUUAUUCAUUUUUGUCUUUUGUAUCACUGUUGUUAUUAUUAUUGUUAUUAUUAUUAAUUAUUUAGUUUUAUUUUAUUAUUAUUUUUGUAAUGCGUUUUUCGUAAUGAUCUCAUUGCCAUUUAUAAAAAAAAAAAAAAG